UUUUUUUUUUCUUGAUUCGUCCAUCAGCUUCUCUCAUUCUGUUCACUUCUUGUCACUGUAAAUGUCUCCCACCUAAUUCUCAACAACUAUUCCUUGUUGCUUCAUCUUGUUCUUCAUUUUUUAAUCGCUCGUCUCAUUUUCACAUCAAGAAACCCUAGCAUUAGCCUCUUUUUUUUUCUAAACGCCCUUGCUCCUGAUUCCCUGACAACUGGACAUAUUAAUUACACCUCUCCUAACGUUUACAUAAUGAUUCGCCUUCGCAAGUGUCUUGGCGUCUUAGAACUCAAGACAGGGGUGACUAUUAUCACUGUAUUUGCCAUCUUAAACAAAGUAUCAGGGUUCUUUGGGAUAUUCGCCAAUGGUGGACUUGCCAAGGUUAUCAUGUACCUGUAUUCUGUCUUUGCGACCUUUGCUUUCGCUUGGGGACUUUAUGGUGUCUUGCUUGACAACACAAAAAUUGUUGGACGUUAUGCAUUGGCGUAUGUGGUGGACUUAAUCAUUAAUGCAGUACAGACGACUGCAUUAGCAGUGACUUGGUUCAUGUCAAGAAAUCAUCUUUUGGGAGAAGCGCAACCAGAUGGGGACGGAGAUUCGACACCCAUUAGCGACGACGUUCGAAAGGGCUUUGAGUUUGAGGGUGGUAUCUCCAUCAUUAUCCUCCUAGGCCUAUGGUGUCUUCAUCUUUAUUUUGCCCUAGUCGUGUGGUCAUAUGCUCAAUCGUUGAUUCACCGCUACGAUCUUCCUUCGCAUAUGGUCAGUGGCACUAUGAGCUCAGGAUCGGAUGCAACACCGAUGAUGUUUUUACCUAGAAUCGGUCAGGACCGUGGAAAACACUCGAUUUUGCACAACCAAGAUGACGAUGAAUUCAUUUAAUUGAGAUAUUAUUCUAUUACUAUAAUUGCCUAUUUAUGCUACUCUUCUUCCCCAAAAAUCUCAUUGUUCGAUCCGACUCAUCACCGUGUACAACUAUACUCUAAUAACAUAUACAACACAUAUAAUUAAAAUAAAUAAAAUACAUGUCUCAG